AACCUAACUAAUGACUAAGUUAUACAUUGGAAACCUCAGCUACAAGACUACUGAAGAGAAUCUUAAAACCCACUUUGAGUCAUUUGGUAAGAUCAAAGAAGCUAAACUUAUGAUCUUCAGAGGAUACUCAAGAGGAUUUGCUUUUGUUGAAUAUGAAACAGAAGAAGAUGCUAAGAAGGCUGUAGCUGCUAAUGGAGUUGAGUUUGAAGGAAGAAAACUUAAAGUUGAAAUUGCUAGACCACCAAAGGAAAGAAAAGAAGUUCCUGAAGGAGAAAAGAAGACUACUGCAGGACCACGUGGAUAUAGACCAAGAAGAUUUGGACCAAGAAGAUUCACUAGAAAACACUUUGGAAAGAAGACUAAUGGAAGCAGAGUUAAUAAGAAGGAAAAGAAAGAAGUACCAACAGAAUUUUCAGAUAACCUUAUCUUUGUUAAGAAUCUUGCAUAUGCUAUUAAGGAUGAAGAUCUUAAAGAAAUAUUCAAAGAAUUUAAUGUUGUAAGUGCUAAAGUUGUUACCUACAAUCAUAGAGGAAAUGUAAGAUCAAAGGGAUACGGAUUUGUUGAAGUUAAAUCUGCUGAAGAUCAAAAGGCUGCAGUUGAAAAGUUGAACGGAACCACUCAAAAAGAAAGAGCUAUUGGAGUUUUCAAAGCUUAUAAGAAACAAGAGCAAAAAGAAGAAACUCCAGUUACUAAAGCCUAAUUUUUUGAUUUUAUUUC